UAUGAAUAGAAAUACCAAAAAAAUCGGAAGAAUCGGCAACACAGCUCUACGAUUAUAGAAGUAAUUCGCCCUUUCCUCGUCUAAGAAUUCGCCAGUCUACCACAUAACCGUCAAAAGUCAAAAUAUGCCAUUCAAGUUGACAACUGACAACCGAGUUAUAAUUUGUAUUUUUUCAUUUUUACAUUUAAUAUUGUAAAAUUUCCAUCUUUUUCCUUAAUUUUCUUGAAAAUGCACAAGUAUCUCCUACUUCUAGUCUAUAGCAGAUAGGUGCAUGACCAGUUUCUGGGCCCAAAACAUAUCUCGUAACACACAGACAUGUAUUUCGACAAUACGGGGCUGGCAGUAGUUGCCCCCGCAGAUGAUACCGCAAUCGUACCUGCUCUGGAUACAACGUUAGCAGGCAUAGAUGCAGAAUACACUCAAACACACUGUAUUUUAGCCGACGGCGGGGACACGUUUGGUGUCUCAGCUGUUACAUUUGAUAAACAUGAAGAACUACUGUGGAUGGGAAACCAAGGAGGACAUGUUACCUCAUAUAUGGCACCAACAAUGUCAAAAUACACCUCUUUCCAAGUUCAUGCAACUGAAGAUAUAAGACAAAUCAUAACAAUCAAUGAGGGCAUUCUUGUUUUGACAGCGAGCACCUUGAGGUAUCAGAUCAGAAGAGGAAUUCCAGUUUAUACUCAUGUCUCUCAGAAUAUGAAUGAAAUGCAAUGUAUUCUACAAAUGUCGCCUGCAAGAUUUUUGAUUGGAGGACAUCAAGAUAAACUAAUAGACUUCAAUCUCGGCACCUGUAAAGAAACCCAAGUUACUAAUGUUGGUGAAUCUGGUUGUGUUAUGUUAAGACCACACUCUAGAUUUGUUUGUGCUGGAAGUCCGUUAGGUCGUAUUGAUCUGAGGGAUCCAAACAAUUUGAAAAUAGAACAUAGUAUAGAUGCACAUACAGGAAGUCUCAGUGAUUUUGAUGUUCAGGGCAAUUUAUUGGUUACUUGUGGAUUUAGCAACAGACACAAUAGCUUAGCAGUCGAUAGAUACCUUAUGGUUUACGAUUUGAGAAUGUUAAGAGCCAUUAAUCCCAUGCAGACUGUUUUGGAUCCAUUUUUCCUCAAAUUCAUACCUUCCAUAUCUUCUCGCCUGGCUGUUGUUUCUGCUCUGGGGCAGAUACAGCUUUUGGAUACAAUAGCGCUUGCAGAACCGCGUUUGAGUCUACUACAGAUGGAAAACCCAGGUGCAAUGUGUCUGACAUUUGACAUAUCCACCAGUGGUCAAAUUCUGGCAUGUGGCGAUAAUACAGGUCACAUUCACGUGUUUGCUUCCACUCCGCCGUCUUCUUCUGCAGACAAUCCUGCAACUCCUGAGCCGCUCAUCAAUACAUACUCGCGUCCUUGUGAAUUGCCGGACGAACAGCCUGUUGAUUAUCCGAAUUUUGGUGUGGAUGAUUUCAACACACCCCUCUCUGUGAUACCAAUGCCUGUCAUGCCUCUCAAUCUGCCGUUGGCGUCAGACUGGCCACCUGAGUUGAUCAAGAAGAUUUACAGGAAAUCCCCGGGUAUAGAUCCAGAAAUACUGGGUACCAUGAAGAUGCAGGGUCCGAUUGGUUACGCACCUAAUCCAAAAACAUCCAGGAGAAACCAAGUAAUGUACGAUUGUGCGAAAAAUGGUUCGUCUGCCGGUUUCGGAUCUGUAAAUAAGAGUCCGAAGCAUCACGAUGAUUCCAACUUUUUCAUCGCAAUUCCUAAAAGGUACAGGAAGGUGGACGUGAAGUAUAAUAAGUUAGGAUGUGACGACUUUAAAUUUGACUUGUACAAUAGAACCUCCUUUUCUGGUUUGGAAGCAACCUUACCUAACGCGUAUUGCAACUGUAUGAUUCAAGUUCUUUAUUACGCAAAACCUUUACGCUCAAUUCUACUUUCCCAUCUAUGUACAAAAGAAUUCUGUUUGUCUUGCGAACUGAGAUUUCUGUUCCACAUGCUCUAUACGUCAUCACAAAACCAGCCUUGUCAACCCGGCAACUUUUUGAGAGCAUUCCGUACAGUUCCUGAAGCUUCAGCUCUUAGUUUGAUCUUAAAUGACUUGCAUCCUGAGGCUAAACAGAAAAUUGAGCUGUCUGCUUUAAUACAGAGUUGGAAUAGAUUCAUGUUGCACCAGAUGCACGUGGAACUAAUAGAAACAAAAAAGAGAGAUGAAGAAAAAAAAGCAAGCAAAAAAGCGUUUGUUUUUAAGGAAACUGAUUUUCCCAUUAUUUCAAAUGACAAGUGUAAAAAAGUAAAUAUUUCAGCAUCAGAGGUUAACAUGAAAUUAGAAGAAGAAAAAAGAGAGGAAGAUUCAGAAAUUAGCCAACUUUUCGGUACCAAACAGUUGCAAAUGAAUUCUUGUUUAAAAUGUUGUUGCGAGGUGAAAAAAGAAUCCAUCUUGUUAGUUUGUAACCUUAUCUACCCUACACUUGAGCCAGAGCGCGACGAGUGGAGUUUUUGUGAUAUUCUGAAAAAGUCACUAUGUCCUCAACAGACCACACCAGCGUGGUGUGAAAAAUGUGGGAAGUUUACUCCAACGUUACAAUCAAAGAUACUACAAUCCCUACCGCAAAUUUUGGCUGUAAACACCGGACUGCACAAUGCUCAGCACAAACAGUUUUGGCAGUCACAAAUGGACAAAGUGGUUGCCAAGGUGACGACGCUAGACGUGAAUCGGGAAACCACGCCAACGCCUGCCGUCUCUACUUUGAAACUGUGUCGGUAUGGAGAUCUUUGUUCCAGACCAGGAUGUAGGUUCAGGCACAGCUUUGAUAAUGCUUCCCAGCUCGUCUCAAACAAUCCGUACUGCAGCAAUAAUUGGUUACCGCAUAUGUUUGAACUCAGUUUGAAAGAUGAUAAGCUUGAUAUCAAAAAAGUGACGACGGAGGAUAAACAGGCAAAGGAAAACUUCGAUUCGAACACCCGCCGUUAUUCUCUCAGUGCCGUAGUCUGUUAUAUCAAUGACCAAACUUCUCCGGAUAAGCGCAACUUGGUGUCCAUAAUCAAAGUUCCCGAGAUGUAUAUGAAGGAGAAAGUGGUGCCCCCUGCAGACGCCAGCGGCGGCAGAUGGUACUUGUUCAAUGAUUUCUGCAUACGAGAAGUACCCGCUCAGGAAGCUGUGUGGUUCAGUCUGGAUUGGAAGGUACCUUGCGUGCUGUACUAUUCUGCUGAAGGGGUUAUGGAUGGAGAUGCCGACGUUCACAGACCAAUGUCCAGGGAUGUUUUUAAUGAAGACGCUUGUAUAGCUCGAAGUGGUGGCACAAGUGGUAUUACCUUCACACCACUGAAUGACAAUGAAGUGCUGAAAUGUGGUGAUUUGGUGGCUAUGGAUGCGGAAUUUGUUACGCUCAACCAAGAAGAGGCGGAGGUGAGAAGUGACGGUAAAUUUUCUACCGUGAAGCCCUCCCAAAUGUCAGUGGCAAGAAUUACUUGUAUCAGGGGCACUGGUCAGAUGGAGGGGACCCCAUUUAUAGACGACUAUAUCUCUACUCAAGAACAAGUCGUGGACUAUCUGACUAAGUUCUCAGGUAUAAAACCUGGCGAUUUGGAUGCCAACUUCAGUUCCAAGCAUUUAACAACGCUAAAGUCGACAUACACAAAGUUACGGUAUCUUCAGGAUAGCGGAGUCAUUUUUGUUGGCCACGGCCUGAAAAACGAUUUUAGGGUAAUCAAUUUGGUAGUGCCUCCAGAGCAAAUUGUGGAUACUGUGCAACUAUUUCAUCUUCCUCAUCAUAGGAUGGUAUCUCUUAGAUUUUUGGCAUGGCACUUCUUAGGUUUAAAAAUCCAGUCAGAAACGCAUGAUUCCAUAGAAGAUGCGCGUACUGCUCUGCAGCUUUACAAAAAGUACAAAGAGUUGGAGAAAGAAAAUAAGGUCGGUGAAGCACUAGCGGAUCUUUAUGAAACUGGCAAAAUGCUGAACUGGAAAGUACCCGAAGACUAAAAGCGCAAGGAUGACAAACUAAACAGACAGCAGCUAGAAGUAGAAUAUUAAUGUGAUUCAAAAACAACUGGAUCUACAAAUCCAACGAAACUGAGACUGAUUGAGCGGGUAUAAUCACUUGGAAGCUGAUACUCAAAUAAUCGUGGUGCAAUGAGAGAUAUCUCAACCUAGUGGCUAGCUUCUUAUACAUAUGCCGUACAAAACAUUAUUUGAAUAUAAAUACGUAUUGACAGGUACAUCAACUAAAACUAAUUCAUUGCGAAAACAUGCAAAAAUCAUACUUUAUAAGUGAAGUGAUGAUAAUGUCAAGUAGGUUCUUUUAAAAUUUAACAUGCGUUUGAGUUAAAGCUUGGUUGAUAUAUUAUCUUAAUAUCAUGAUUUGUUGAGUAUAUCAAUCCAAAGUCGAUAAAAUAAUUUAUGUAUUGGUCACUUGUAUACUCACGAAAAUACUCGGGAUGGGUAGAAUUAGACAUUAAACGGCUUAAUGAUAUAAUUAUUAAUGUCAUCAUUCAUACAGGAUAUGCUAAAGACAUGUUCCAUCAAUAUAGUGCUAAAGUUUGUUUGAAACAGUUGUUGAAGCAGGCCUCAAAGGGGGCUUCUACUAGAGCCAGUUUUAUUGUUUCAUUUCACCAGAUAACAAUGAGUAGUAGUAGUCAUUAUUUAGGUGGGUACUUAAAGCAAAGUACUUCAUACACAUUUCCACUAUUUUUUACUAAAAGUUUGAUUUGGAAAUUACAUUGCUCAAAGAAUUUUCGAAUAUCACAUUUAUAAGAGGCACGCUUGUAUUCAAGUAAGCUGCUUGAUUAUUCUACCUAGAGAUAGCCAACCUUUUUCUAACUUCGCGCGCCAAAAAAUAUGCGAGGUAAAAUGCGAUACUGUAGCGCCAUCUAAGAGAAUUUGACACAGCUGUUCUUUAUUUACUAUACACCGUUUUCUAUUUCAAUCUCCUCACCUAAAUAUUUCGAAAUAGGGUUUCGAAGGGCAAAAUGCUGGUGACCUUGACAAUGACCUUGACUACGACCUUUUUAGUCCUUUCAAUGCCAAGUGAAUAUCUCCACAUCGGGAUUGAUCAUAUUCAAUGGCAAAUCAAAAGUUCCUAAGGAAACUUCUCAUUUUUAAACUGGAAAUGGUAAAAGCAGGACAUUUUACGUCCGAAUGUGACCUUGAUCGCAAAUAAUAUUUAAGCUCAAUGGCUUUGACUUUGAUGUCAAGGUAACAUUCAUACGUAAAUUUCCCUGCCUUUACCACUUCUAUUAUAAAACUGAAAUGUUUUCAUAGUGAAUUUUGAUUUGACCUUGAAGGUCAUGAUCAAGGACACCUUUGGGUGAUCCGCACAAACUUCAUACUGCGCUAUCGAAAUGGCCUUAAACGCAAUAGUCAAGGUCAUGGCUAAGGUGAUGUUCGUCAAUUUGGCCUUCAAAUCACAAAAAUAUGGAUGCUAUUUUCACAUUACUCCAACAGUUAUACUCAAAUUUAAACGAUAAACAGAUUUCACUCGUUUUUUUGUGACUAGUACAAAACCUUUGAUUGUGUAAAUCAUGAUGUACUAUUGAAAAAAAUUAAACAAAUAUGGUUGUUCUGCAACUUCACCCAAUUGUCUUAAAACAUACUUAACUAAUCGAUACUAAAUUGUAUCAACACCAAGAUUUUAUACUUCAAAUAAAUUAAAUCUAAAAGCAGGAUUACCUCAAGGUACUAGAUCUCAUCCAAUAUUUAGUUUAUAUUAAUGAUCAAACAUAAAUGUAGAUGAAAUUAGGUCAAAAAUUUGACAGUCACAUACAAUCAAUCAAAAAAUAUUACACUUAAAUGCUCCCUUAAUUUUAUAAAUUUAAAUAAUGAUUUGAUACACAAAACAGACACCAUUGAAUUUUUAGCACUGAUCAUUGAUCAUGAAUUAAAUUUUACUAAUCAACUAGACUAAUUUCUUACUCAAGUAGCAAAGAUUUUCUUUAUUAUAAGAACAGUUAGUUACAACCGAGGAAAAAACACAGCAUUAGGCGGUUAAUUUGUUUUACUUGAAAGUAGACUGAGAUAUAGUAUUCCUUUUUGGUGUGUCUCUUCCCAAAAUUGUUAAAAAAGUGCUUAAUGUACAAAAACGAACUUUUUGAUGUAUGUAUAACUAAAGGCUAGAGACUAAACUAGAGCUGCAUGCAUGCCAUUAUUUCGAAGUCUUAAAAUAACUGCUGGCGUAUCAUUUAUUUUAGAAACAGCAACUCUUAUUUUUUUAAAUAAAUCUAAAUUUCUGACAUCAAAUAUAAGUUACGGUAUUAGACGAAAACAAGAUCUUAAAUUAGUAGUACCUAAAUCAACACUUGUGAAAGGCAAUCAUUUAUAAUGACCUGAAAAUUUACAUGUGUCUCCUGGAAGAUAUCAAAGGAAUAAACAAUUUAAAGAUAUUUUGCCAUGAACUUGAAAACUUAUUUGUAAAUCAUGUGUGAGCUCUACAAUUCAUUUACUUAAAAUCCACAUAUUCGAGAAUGUAAUUAUAUCAUAGUUUAGUUUAAAGUUAGCUGUGUCAUCAAGAAUGAUUGUAUUCUUCAUAUUUAUCUAUCUGUCUAUGUAUACCUUGAAGAGGUUAGUGUCUAUGUGAGCAUAUCUAAACCUUUCAAGGCCUAUAUGGUAAAUAAAGAAACAGCAGUGAUAUUCUCAUAGAUGACGCCACGGUAUCUCAUUUUAUCUCAAAACUUUUUGGAAACUCGAAAGUAGCAUUAGGUUGGCUCUUCAGGCAGAAUACGUUAAUCAAUGCCAUAAUAUAAAUUAAUAAUAAUGCUUUUGAAUUAUUAAUUGAAUUAUUGAAAAACGUAUUUGAUUCAGCUUAAGUUUGUAACCUAGCUGAUUUUGGCGUAAUUUUUUGUUAGUAAUGUCGCUCUUCCUUUUUAAGCAAUUCAUUUUAAUAGUUACUUAACUGAUUCGAAAUAUUUUAAAUAAAUAGUAGCCGUGGGUUUAUUUUUUUAAACGGUUUUGUCAUGUUCAAUAUUACUAGUUUAUUACUUGUUUCUAAUAUUCAAGAUUUAGGUAUUAUAAUAUUUUAUAUUGAUUAAUGCCGCCCAUUUUGAUUAAAUUAUUGCCAAACUUUGUGUCUAUAUCAAAAGAGCAUUAAAGUAAAUUGCUUAUUGGAAUAAUUUUUGUUGAGCAUAAUAUUUCGCGCCCGACAGUCACCCGGGUUGCCCUGCUCUGGGACCGUCCCUGCUGAAAGUUGGGUUCCACUAUUGUCCAAAAAUAUUCAAGAUUGUUGUAUACCUUCAGCUAAAAGAAAAGAAAUGAUACAAUAUUUUUCUCAUGUGCAGCUAAAGUGUUCAAUUUUUUUGAUCAUAUAUUGGAAAUCUUUGUAGUGCAGAAUGUUAGUAGUCAUAUGCUUAGACUGUUUUUUACGUCUGAUUAUGUUUGUAUAAACGUUUUUCUAGCUCGAAAACAUAUUUUAUUAUACUUGUAAUUGGGUGUAUAUAUUGGACUGUACAGUGUUUAAGUCGUAUUUAUUAAAAUUAAGCUAGUCAAUUUUACACAAUACGUAAUAUGCCGAAAAUGAUACUCCUUCAACAGUUUUGUGAUAUUUUGUAGUCGUACUUAAUUCGUC